GGGCGGCCUGCAGCGCCGAGCGCGGCCCGGGCGCGGCGGCGGCGAGCGGCGCCCGGCUCUGUGCAUCUCCUGCCUCCACCGCGCCAUGCGAGCGCUCCUGCUCCGGCUCCCGCUCCGGCUCCCGCCCUCCCGCCGCGGCUGACGCUGUCGGAAGCGGCGGUGAUGAGGCCGGCGAGAUGGCUGGCAGCGUGAAAACCUUCCUGCACGACCUCACCAGGGGAAUUAAGGACUCCAUCUGGGGCAUAUGCACCAUCUCCAAGCUGGACGCUCGCAUCCAGCAGAAAAGGGAAGAGCAGCGGCGGCGGAGAGCGAACAGCGCCCUCGCCCAGCGCCGGAUCCAGGCGGAUGAGAGGAAGCAAGAGAACGAGCCCCGGAUAGUGAGCCGGAUAUUUCAGUGCUGCGCUUGGAACGGAGGCGUGUUCUGGCUUAGCCUCUUUUUGUUUUAUCGAGUCUUUAUACCUGUACUUCAAUCGGUCACGGCGCAGAUCAUCGGCGACCCUUCCUUACAUGGCGACGUCUGGUCUUGGCUGGAGUUCAUCCUCACCUCCGUUUUCAGUGCCCUCUGGGUCCUUCCCCUGUUCGUGCUCAGUAAGGUGGUCAACGCCAUCUGGUUUCAGGACAUUGCCGACCUGGCGUUCGAAGUUUCCGGCAGAAAGCCUCAUCCCUUUCCCAGCGUCAGUAAAAUCAUUGCCGACAUGUUGUUUAACCUCUUGCUGCAGGCGCUGUUCCUCAUCCAGGGGAUGAUAGUGAGCCUCUUCCCCAUCGACAUCGUCGGCCAGCUCGUCGGCCUCCUUCACAUGUCGCUGCUCUAUUCUCUCUACUGCUUCGAGUACCGCUGGUUUAACAAAGGCAUCGAAAUGCAUCAACGGUUGUCCAACAUCGAGAGAAACUGGCCCUAUUACUUCGGCUUUGGCUUACCACUGGCUUUUCUCACCGCGAUGCAGUCCUCUUACAUCAUCAGCGGCUGCCUCUUUUCCAUUCUUUUCCCCCUGUUCAUCAUCAGCGCCAACGAAGCGAGGACCCCUGGCAAAACGUACCACUUCCAGCUGCGCCUCUUCUCCUUGGUGGUUUUCCUCAGCAACCGGCUCUUCCACAAGACCGUUUACCUGCAGUCGGCCCUGGGCGGCGGCGGCUCCACCGAGCGGCUGCUCUCGCCCCAGCCGUCCCCCGCCAAGCACAGGUCUGCCCUGGGGCGCUGAGCCGUCCUGAACCCCCGCCGGACGCUGGGUCCGGCGGGUUUUAAACGAAGCCCAUGUUUUUCACGCUGCUGGGACUCCCAGGAAGCCGGCUGCCUCUCCCUUCCCCGCGCUUGGCGCGGGCUUUCCCCACCUCUGGACGGUUUUGUCCACGCUCUUGUUUUCUCCUGUGCCAUUCCCACCCCCCCCCCAUUUCUUCUGUAGUUCCCGCUGAAAAGUGGUGCCCCGGGGGGGUGCCCAUCUCCCACCAGCUCUGUGGCGACCUGGGGCUGCCGCUGGGCGCCCAGGCGGAGAGACGGAGCAGCCGCCUGGCGGAAACAGCCCGGCCCUUGGGCGAGGGCUGAUUUUUGUUGUUGAUGUUGUUGUUGUUUUACAAACCUCCCGUGGAGCUGAGGGAAAAGCUCUUUCUGAAAUCUGCAAAGGGAAAUUGCUCAACCGCAAGGACAGGAACUGAAAUGGAAACUUAGGAAAACGUUAAA